CUCCCAGCAGAGUUGUCGUUCCAUGCUCUCACAUAAAUGAUAAAGAACGAAAAGUAAUCGUCGUUCCAGAGAUAGAAUUAAAUUAACCGUCGUGCAAAAGAGUGUCAAUAGCAAUGAAGCUGAAAGAAAACGGACAUGUUGUUGAUUUUUUAGAACACUUUAAAAGAAAACUUGAUUGCAGAAUUAAUUGCCUAAAAGUGGAAAGAUGUUUUAGAGAAAGUUUCACAGGUCUGGUGUUGGGAGGUGAAGAUGGCCUUGUUCGAGUGUAUGAUAUGACUCAGCUCACACAGGGCAACCAGCCAGUAAAUGUGCUGCUGGAAACAAAAGGUGGACCAAUACAGGCGUUGGCAAUCCAUGACAUCACUCAUUUCUAUAAGGAGGACAUCAUAACUGGGGACUCAGUUGGCAUGGUGACCAUAUUCUGCAAUGAGCAAAUCUUGUCAAGGCACUCACUGUCAAAGAGUACCAUCAAAUGCCUACAGAUUUAUACAGAUGCCUUGGGUAACUGCUCCAUAGUUGUUGCUGAUGAUGCAGGCUAUAUUUACGCCAUUCAGCCAUCAAAACAGCUGUGGAGAAUCAACAUCAAUAACGUUCACACAUCUCGGGGGCCAUUAGAGCGUGCCAGUGUGACGUGCAUGCUGUGUGUGCGUCUUCCCAAUGGCACUGGCGAGCUGUGCAGCUACAUUCUCGCAGCAGAUGACAAACGCCGUCUACAUGUGAUAUCCCAGGGAGACAUUGUGAUGACCAUUCACACACCAGAUACUGUCACAGCAAUGUGUUGUGGAUUAUUCAUUGCCGAGGAGAAGCUAGACGCUGGCCCAGAUACUUUUUCCCACCAACAUCCAGUACAAGUUGCACUGGGCUGCACAAGUGGGGCCUUGUAUAUUCUUCAGAACUUCACAAUAUCAGAGGAAGAAUUUGGUAACGCUGGUUUGGUUGUCACAUCAGCCAGAUGCUGAGCCAUCCAGCAGUGAAUGGCAAGAUAGAUUACCUGCUGUGUGCUGGACACUUCAGCGCCUUGCAAGUGUUUUUGGAGGGCAAGCAAAUUGGCAGCUAUGAGACUCCAAACUGGGUGAACUGCAUGGAUAUCUUGUGUCCUGGCAAGGAUCAGAGACCACAGAUUGUGUUUGCUUGUCUUGACAAUUCUGUCCAUGGAUUAUCUCUCGCAGAAGGCUGAACCGUUGUUG